GGGAUGGCUGUUGAAAAUAUCACCCUGGACUCAGCUGAAAACUCUCCAAACCAGAGCAGCUGUGAUGUGUUUGUCUACCAAAGAGCUGCAGUGGUCCUCUUCCCUAUUUUCUACUCAGUGGUUUUUAUCAUCAGUGCGUUUGGCAACAGCCUGGUUCUCUAUGUAAUCUGCCAGAGGAAGCAGAAGUUCAACUCCACCUCCAUCUAUCUGGUCAACUUGGCGCUAUCUGAUACCCUGUUCACACUGGCGCUGCCUGGCAGAAUAAUUUACUACAUCCGCCACUAUGACUGGCCCUUUGGUGACCUUCUCUGCAGACUGACUACACUUCUCUUCUUUGCAAAUACCUAUGCAGGUAUUGGCUUCAUGACCUGUAUCAGUCUGGACCGAUACCUGGCCAUGGUGCAUCCACACCGACUGCAGUGUUUGCGGAGUGUGAAGGUGGUUCGCAGGGUUUGCUGUCUAGUCUGGGUUCUAGUAUCCCUGCAGAUAGCUCCUCUGCUAUUCCGCAGCAUGCUGCAUAAGCACCAGGACAGACAAACCUGUAUGGAGUACUUCAACUUUGAGGGCUCCAACUUCACCCCUUAUCUCCUGCUUCUCGCCUGUGCCAUCUCCUUCUGCUGUCCGCUCAUCAUCAUCAUGGGCUGCUACGCAAAGAUCAACCUGAAGCUGCGAGCUGCAGCCAAACAGAACUCUAUAACUGGUCGAUCAAGGAGGAAUCACAGGGCCAACACAAUUAUUCUCCUCAUUCUCCUCACGUUCUUCAUAUGCUUCAGCCCUUACCACCUCAACGUUAUGCAGUUUAUGUCCAGAAAGAUACACCACCAGCCAACCUGCGAGGAACUGAGGGCAUUUAAGGUGUCCUUACAGAUUACUGUUUCACUAAUGAACUUCAACUGCUGCUUGGAUCCAGUCAUCUACUUCUUUGCCAUUAAGACCUACAAGAAGCGGGUGCUGAGCCUGUUUAAGGACUAUCUAUACACUUCUGGUGCCUCCUCCAAAAUGACAGCUGAGAACAGCAGCAGCAACACCUGAAAAAAACCACAGUUGAGCUUGCAGGAGCUAUGCCUCUGUGUCACAAAGAAGACCUAGUUUACUCUGUGUUGAUGCUCUUUGUAUAUAUCUUUCACUUAAGAUACUAUGGCAACUCUGCAUGUAUGUAUGCCGUAGAUGUCCAUUAUAAUGCAAGAAAGAUCCUUUUUGCUUUCCAGCUGCCCCAAAAAAUCUUCUCAGCUUUGUUUAAGUAAUGAGCUGAGCUGAUUUGUUUGACAAGGCUGUAUAAAAUGUAUUGUCCCAUAUCCAAUUUUUUUUCUCUAUGAUCUUUUUGCCUUUUUUACGCCUUGCAGUAAGUAAGUAAGUAAGUUGUGUCAUACAGAAACCAAUUUAAACCAAUCAUUAAUGCAGUUCUGUGUACUAGAGGACUCAUUUGUUUGUGUAAAUGUGCAGGGUGAAGGAUAUGUUCCAACCUAGAUAAAUAAGCUACGCUUUUGUUUUUUUCAACUAUGUAAGAAAUGUUGUGGUCAUUAAUGCAGCACAACAGCGAGUUUCACUUCCUUUCCGUUUUUGCCAAUUCAAGUCAUGUGGCAGAAACUGUGUGUGUGUGUGUAAGUUGAUGGAAUUAGUUUAUCAUUGGACGCUGGUGCAUAUAAAUCUGCAAUGUGUGCUUUCCUACUAACAAAAUCAUUAUUUUACGUUAUUCAAGUACCUUUGGUAUGUUUAAACGAGAACAUGGCACAUAUAUCUCUUUCACACCCACAUCUGAGUUCUGUGUGGGAGUGAGUAGAUGACAACCAUCACCACUUCCUCACCCACCUUUCCUGCUUCCUUUCAGAGGCCUCAUUCCCUCUGGGUCCCAUAUCUUGCGGUAUGUGUGUGUGUGUGUGUCUUACAAAUUUAAGCAGGUGCACAUUGUCUGUUUAUAGUGCAGAGUCCCAUAUUUAAGUUUAACCUUCAACAUUUAACAUUUCCUGGGUUUUUGAAAAAGCUGCCCUAUGAUUUUGCAUAGAAAGUGAGGUGCACAAAUUGAGUCACAAAGUUUGUGAAAUUAGUCAAGAAGGAGAGAAAGAGAUAGUAAUGUGCAUUAUAUGACUGGUGAUGGUACUCUAGGAGAGAAAUAACAGCAUUCUCUAAUCUGAGAAUGCACAGUGGAUAGUAAGUGCUGAUGAGAUUUACCUACUAAGUAAAUUUAAGUGACCCCUGAAUGACUUGCUUAAUGACUUAAUGACAGCAUAAAAUAAAAUCUGGUUUUGAUAUGGA